CGCAACGCAGAGGGGAAUGAAAGACUUUGUUUGUUAUCGGUUAAGUGAAGCCUUUUGGCAAAGCACUUGAGAAAAGGAGCGGAGAAAUCUUCAAAUGCGCACCUCUUGCGGUUUCUCAAACGAACUGUCACCCGCUCUCUCUCUCUGGACGGAGAGUCAGCUUUGGGAACAACAUGACACGGACGCGCUUCUGCUGUCAUUAACGGGGACAAAUCAGAGCAACGCAGCGGCAAUCCGAUCAAUAGACUGUCGAUAAGCUCAUAUAUAAGGCUAAUCAUCACGCCUGCCUAUGUUUGCUUAACCUGUUUAGGAGAGUAUGCUGUGGGACGAUGAACAAACUGCUGACAAGUCAUAUUAUGUUCAUUGGGAAGAUCUGUGGGAGUUCAUGGAUCUAUUUUUGAGCUCCUCAAGAGAUUUUUACAUUUAAAUUAUGAUAUGUGUUUUGCAAGAUGACUGCUACAGUCAGCAUAGCGUCAGACAAACCAGAUCAACUAGUUGCUCCGAUUCCUGUGUAAGCACUCUCGGUUUGGUGUGGAAUUAUGGGGUGACUGCUCAAUCGACUCGGUGAAGAAGCUAUGGAUGUGAACUACUCCACGGUCCUGGACAGCAGUGUGUCACAGCGCGAUUCGUCGAAGCGAGUUCUGACUGGUUGUUUCCUCUCGCUCCUCAUCCUGACCACCCUGCUGGGCAACACUUUGGUCUGCGCUGCGGUCACAAAGUUUCGCCACCUGCGCUCAAAAGUCACCAACUUCUUUGUUAUAUCGCUGGCUAUUUCUGACUUGCUGGUGGCCAUUUUGGUGAUGCCAUGGAAAGCGGCCACCGAGAUUGUAGGGUUUUGGCCGUUUGGCGCCUUCUGCGAUGUCUGGGUGGCCUUUGACAUCAUGUGUUCCACCGCCUCCAUCUUGAAUCUGUGCGUCAUCAGUGUGGACCGCUACUGGGCCAUUUCUAGCCCAUUCCGCUACGAGCGCAAGAUGACGCCCAAGGUGGCGUUCAUCAUGAUAAGUGUGGCGUGGACACUGUCCAUCCUUAUCUCCUUCAUCCCCGUGCAGCUAAACUGGCACAAAGCCCAGGUGACCAUUUACACGGAGCUGAACGGCACCUACGGUGAGCUUCCCCCAGACAACUGCGACUCCAGCCUUAAUCGGACAUAUGCCAUCUCCUCCUCCCUGAUCAGUUUUUACAUACCUGUGGCCAUUAUGCUGGUCACUUACACCCGCAUCUACCGCAUUGCCCAGAAGCAGAUACGCCGGAUCUCGGCACUCGAAAGAGCGGCCGAAAGCGCCAAGAACCGCCACAGUAGCAUGGGUAACAACGGCAGUAUGGAGUCUGAAAGUUCCUUCAAGAUGUCCUUCAAGCGUGAAACCAAAGUUCUCAAGACCCUCUCGGUCAUCAUGGGCGUUUUCGUGUGCUGCUGGCUGCCCUUCUUCGUCUUGAACUGCAUGGUUCCUUUCUGUAACCCCGACGAGAGCUCUGACUUCUUCUGCAUCAGUUCUACCACCUUCGAUGUCUUUGUCUGGUUCGGUUGGGCCAACUCCUCACUCAACCCUAUCAUCUAUGCCUUCAAUGCUGACUUCCGAAAGGCAUUCUCCAUCCUGCUGGGCUGCCAUCGACUCUGCCCAGGCAGCAACGCUAUAGAGAUUGUGAGUAUCAACAACAAUGGUGGCCCUCCGUCUACUUCUCAGUAUCAGCCUAAGGGCCACAUCCCCAAGGAGGGCAACAACAGCAACUAUGUGAUCCCUCACAGUAUCCUCUGCCAGGAGGAGGAGAACCAGAAGAGGGAGGACGACUCUGGUAUAAAGACCUUUGAGAAACUGUCACCUUCCAUGUCAGGCAAUUUGGAUAGCGAUGCAGAUGUCUCGCUAGAAAAGAUAAACCCCAUAACACAAAAAGGGCAGCAAAAAUCCAUAACCUGCUGA